AUUUUCGCGGCAAAAUGAAGAUUUGUUUCGACAUCUUUUUGCCCAACCUCCCUUCUCUCUCUCUCUCUCUCUCCCCUCUCAUUCCGCCAUUCAUUUUCACGAGCGUUUCGCAACCCCGUCGUGACGUCGGGCCGCGCGGCUGAUUUAAAUCGUUGCAAUUUGAACGGCUGGGAACGCUGAUGGAAACGGCGAGCCGGGAGAAUAACUGACAUUGGACAUUUUUACAGAAACGUCGGAUCCGUGAAACGGAGUAACGGAAUUUUCUUUCACGAGAGGCGCGGGGUAGUUUUCGUCGAGACGUUGGCGUUAACGAACGUUGGCAACGACCUUCGAAAUAGAUUCGGUUACGCGCGUUUUUCCGUUCAUUUGGAAAAACUUAUUCAAAACGCGAGGGAAAGAGUGAAAGAGAAGAGGAAGGAAGAGGAAGGAAAAGAAAGAAGAAAAAAAAAAAGGAGAAAAAACGGAGGAGAGACGAAAUUCAGAUGAAAUGUCUGACUCCUUCGAAAUCAAUCUAUCCGCGUUACCAGACCGCAAACGGUUAUUGUGAAAACGAUGAUUGUAAAAGAAAAAGGGGGAGGGGAAAAAAAAAAGAAAAAAUCUAGACGGCCUCGUGACAGCUACUUUACGAAGGAAAAGGUGACCGAGCCUGUCCAAUAAAGACUUCGAUAGGUGUUCCACUGACCCUGACUCUGCGUGAGGUCCUCUACAAAUUCCACGAGCACCGCCAUUCUUCGAUCGAGGGUAUAGCGAGAUGGAAAAAAAUUUCUUCGCACGAUGACAUUUGACCCUUGGCCACCACCGAAUCGAACAUCGAACUUUACUAACGCUUCGUACACCGUUGAAAAAUGUUGGAAAACCUUUAGAAAGUUAAAAAAAAAAAAAAAAAAAAUUACGAAACGUCUCGUUUCAAGAAAUACUUGUUAUAUUUCCUAAAAAAAAAGAAAAGAAAAAAUUCAAUAGUUUCAUCUCGUUUCGAAUCGUAAUAAAAAAAAACUUCUUCUAUCAUUUCGCCUUAUUCAUUCGAAUAAAAGUGGUAGAAAGAAAAGAAUAAAGGGAAGGGGAGGGGAAAAGAAGAGAAAAAUAAGAACAUCGUUAUCGUAGAUUGAAGAGAUUAAUCGAUAGAAACCUUAUCCUAUAAGAAACUAUGAAUCGUGCGAAGAAAGGCCAGUCGGUGUUUAAUGUUGAGCGUGUUUCUUUCGUUAUCAGAGUCACGUUUUCUGAUUCUUCCCCACCCCCACCCAGAGGCGGCGGUCUCUCAGACUCGCUCAGACACAGCCGCAGCCUCGUUUCCUCUACCAACGUGUACACAUACCACUUCUCUCGGUUCCACUCGAGCCUCUUGCUCGCUCUCUCGAGGGAUGCUGUGGCGAGCUGGUGGGGAUCUGAAUGCGAUAGGGGUUGCUCCGCCCGUGGGCCAACCAGAGGUCUCGAUGGAAGCGGCUCCGCCACACCCCGUGGAUCGUCCCUAGCUUCCCUCGGGAACCCUCGUUGUGCCAUCCUCUUCUCAACAGAUUUCGGAUCCUCUAGUCUGCCAAGAGCCAGCUGACACGGAGCAGCGCUCUUCACUCGUUUCUUAUUUCGCUCGUCGCGUCUUCUCUCCGUGCCAGCACGCCUUCCCGAACGCCGUUCAUCCAGCUUACCCCCUGCGACCAUCUCAACCCCCCGCCGCCCUAGCUCGCGCGCCUACAUUCCUCCUCUGCCCUUUUGUAAAACACCACCCUGUAAAACAGCCGACCCGAUCAUGUGUAUCGAUCGGUCGAUCGUGCACGAGAUCCUACGAAAAAUUCCCGUGAUUUUUAUCAUCUCGAGCAUUGGAUUGUGUCAUUGACGUUGUGUCAUCGUGAGGCUCUUCAGUGACAGGCAUGUGUGACGACAGACAGUGAUCUCUUUUUCUUUUCUUUUCUUUUCUUUUUCCUUUUCUUUUGAACGUCGCUCCAACACCGAUCUGGACGAAACGAUCGGCGAGUAAUGAACGGUCUCGAUUUGUCCCGGCCCACGCUCGACUACAAGAUGAACGGAAGCAGCGACGAAGGCGAGUCGACGUCGGGCACGCCAGCCGGGGGAGGCACGGGGGGUAGCGGGGAGAACCAGGAAAUGGAGGAGAACGGUACGAUCCGUGGCGGAAGCAACAAUUCCGCCAGCAAUCUGGUGUACAGGGAUCUGAAGACCCUUCACCCAUCAAGCCACGACGUGUCCUCCCAGGAUUACAAUCCGCAAUCGAGGCCGUACCAGCGUGGCUACUCGCCAGCCAUGGACAAGCCGAGUUACGAGAAGGAGCAGCACAGACCGCCCUCGUCCAGGGACGAGGAGAAAUCUUCCUCGUGGGAGUACGGGGAGAAAACCGAGAGAAAGGAGUAUUCGAGAUCGCGGGAAAGCUUGUACAGGAGCGAAGCGUAUCAGGACGCUACGAAGCAGGAGCAGAAGGAGCACGCGAACCGCGAAUGGGUAUCACCGGUGCCGGAAGUGGAGGUGGGCGGCUCGGCGCCUGGCGGCCCCCAGGUACGAGCGCGGAAGGACAUUCCAAGGGGCGCCAGAUUCGGCCCUUUCCUCGGCAAAUGGGCCAGCGAGCCUUUCAACCCCCGUUACGCGUGGGAGGUUCGUACGGCUGGAAGCGGGGUGAGGGGGUGGUUGGACGCAUCCCACGAGACGAAUAAUUGGUUGAAGUAUGUUCGAAGCACUAGCAGCCCGCACGCGGUUAACAUGCGACAUGUGCUCAUCGGUGGACAGAUGGUGUACGAGGCGGUGAGGGACAUUGCGGCGGGUGAAGAGCUUCUUCUCGGUGUUCGAGAACCUCUUCAGCUUCAGGACAUGCUCGGCGAGAAUACGACCGAGGAUCGAAGCGACCGAGAGACCGCCUCGCAACACAGUGGAACCGUAGACGAGGACAAGGAGGACGAGGAGGAGGGCGAGACUAGAUGCACCGUCUGCGACAAACCGUUUCAAGAUAUCGAAUUAUUGGACAGCCAUCUGAUAACCUGUCACAGAUACCCGGCGGAGCAGCAUCGGUGCGACAAUUGUCCCAGAGCGUACGCCUGGCGGCCUUUGUUGGUACGUCACCGAGCGAUCGUUCACGGCGACCUUCGAAACUACCCUUGCGAGAACUGUCCGAAGUCGGACAAACCGCAGGUCUUCACGGACCCGUCCAAUCUUCAGCGCCACAUCCGAACCCAUCACGUGGGCGCGAGGAGCCACGCGUGCACCGAGUGCGGCAAGACGUUCGCGACCAGCUCCGGGCUGAAGCAGCACACCCACAUUCACAGCAGCGUGAAACCGUUCCAGUGCGAGGUCUGCUUCAAGGCGUACACCCAGUUCUCCAAUCUAUGCCGGCACAAACGCAUGCACGCCGAUUGCCGUAUGCAGAUCAAGUGCGUGAAAUGCGGCCAGUCGUUCAGCACGGUCACCUCCUUGUCCAAGCAUAAGCGAUUCUGCGACUCGACGCCGCCUACCGGCCCACCAGGCGCCAUGCCGCAAUUGCCCACCCCGACCCCCAGCCCUUUCCUCGUUUACCCCAGACCCCCGGUCAGCCUCCCCGGAGGUUUGCCCUUCUAUCCGACCAGCCUGAUGGGCCCUUAUCCAGGAAUCUUCCCCAAUGCCCCCAAUUUCUUGAACACCCCCCUCCUGUUCCCGCCGAAGGUCGAGGAGGCCGAGAAGAGGAGCGAGAGCCCGAAGAAGGAACGUUUCACCCCGCCAAGGGUCCUGCCGCAGCACAGCAAAGUGUCGCCGUCCACCGCCGAGGAGGCGACCUCCUCGUUCAGACCGUCUCCGGCCAGACCGCCUAUCCAGCCGACCCCGGAAAGCGACGACGACCCGUCCAAGAAACGGGAGAUCGGAAGAGCGGGCAACGAGAAGAAGCCAGAUCCCGAGCAUACCGCGUCGACGACCACCGCGUCGUCGACGAGCGUCGAGGAGACGACGGAUCAGCCGUUGGAUCUGAGAGUGCAGACGAAGAAGCAAAGGACGAGUUCCUCGAACGCGACGGCCGAGAGGAAGGCGAGUCGCAGCCCGUCGCCGACCCCGGCUCGGAUCGAGGAGGUCCCGCCGCCGCCCGACCCCCCCAAGCCGGAGGAGGAGGGGGCCGCCUCCGUGCCGAUGGAGGUCGAUUCCAAGGACGUGGCAAGCAGCCCCCAGCUGAGGACCAGUCUGCCCACCGAGCAGCCGCCCACCAACACCCCGCCGCACAUGGCGUACCCCAGACCGAUCCACCCCAUGUUUCUCGAGGCGAUGUACCGCGGCCCGACCGGCUCCUUCCCCGGGUUCCCAGGCGGGCCCCCGCCCCCGGGUGGCGCCGCGCCCGAGUCCAGGCUGCUGCCGCCCCUGCCGCCCUUCGGACCACCGCGCGGACUUCCUUUUUUAGGGACGCUUAUGAACGGGCUCAGCGGCGCUAGGCCUGGAGGCGGAGGAUUCGACCUGCUCGCCAGGCCGCCGCUGGGGCCGUUCCCCGGCGUGAAACCGUUUCAGGAGGCGGUGAUCGCGCCUCACCACCACCACCACCACCACCACGCCCACGGUAAAAUGAAGGAUCGGUACUCGUGCAAGUUUUGCGGCAAGGUGUUCCCCAGGUCCGCGAACUUGACCAGACACCUGCGCACCCACACCGGCGAGCAACCGUACAAGUGCAAGUACUGCGAACGAUCGUUCAGCAUCUCGAGCAACUUGCAACGGCACGUGAGAAACAUUCACGACAAGCAGAGGCCGUUCAAGUGUCCGCUGUGCGAGAGAUGUUUCGGCCAGCAGACGAACUUGGACCGGCACCUGAAGAAGCACGAGGCCGACGACGGCAGCGGGGUCGUUUCCGUGGCCGACUCGCCUGGGAGCAGCAACGAGAACGAGCGCGAGGACACUUACUUCGACGAGAUCAGGUCGUUCAUGGGCAAAGUGACUUACGGGGGUGAAGCUGGUUACGGAUUGCCGCCCCAUCCGGCCUAUCUGCCCAGCCGGCUUCACGAGAUGCACGAGUCCAAGAUGGAGACCGAGUACGACGAGGACGAGGACAGCGAGGAAGGCGUGUCCCCCCUGGACGAGACGGAUGGCAUGUCCCCGGCCGAGACCAAGGAGUCGACAACCCCGCCGCCCCAGUACGACCUGAAGCUGAGGGAGAAGCAGGAACUGCUCAACAACAACACGGCCGAACCCGUGAUCGAGAUCUCCACAUAGCUCAUUGGACGGAUACCUUGAAGAGGAUGAGGAUGAGGAUCGUUUAUCGAGGAUCGCGUUGCUCCAAUCGCACAUCCCGACGAUCUGACGAAGAUGUCUCGAAUGUAACUGUCACGUUAUAUGAUCGUAUGUAUAUGUAUCGAGGAAGAGUCGGCCUUCGAAAUCGUGUUUCGAAAUCGUAGUGAAAAAGAGUGAUCGAUCGAGUCGAACUUCCUUUCGAAGAAACGAUGAAAAAAAGAAAAAGAAAAAAAAAAAGAAAAAAAAACGUUAAGGACGCUAAACAAAAGUGCGUUUACGAUGAUCCACGUUAAGACAUUCUCCAGUCCCGGUGGACUCUUAUUUUCCAAGUCUUUAUUUUUUUUUUCUUUUUUUUUCCCCUUUUUUUCCUUUCGCACCGCAAAGAGUGAGAAUUCAAGCGAGAUCGAACGAAAUUCACUGUACUUUCUCAUACACGAGCAAAAAAAAAAAAAAAGAGAACACACGUACACGCAUACACACACCCACACACGUACACACACAUACAUACACAUAUUCACGUUCGUUACGGGCAAGUUGUUCAAUAGUGUAGUUCCUACAGGCUCGUUUUCAUUGUACACACGCGCACGUAAUUAAUAAUCGUUCGAACUUUUUUCUCCCAUUUCCGCUCAUCGACCUGAAAAAUCGGUCGAUCAUCGUAGUAUUAUUUAUUCAUAUUGCGAGUUACUUUGCGAGUGAAACUGUCUCGUACGAGAGGACAGGAUCCGGAUUCGAGUUGCUAAAACUCGAUUUCCCUCCCCUAGUGGUAUAUAUAUAUAUAUAUCAAUAUAUAUAUUCGCACAGGACGAUUUAAUCGUGAAGCGAGAUUCAUGGAUAUUCGACAUCGGGCUUUUCCGUUAAACGCGGAGCCACGAAAUGAUUAUUCAACGAACGUUUCUUAUCUUUUUUUUUGUUUUCCUUCUUUCUUUUUUUUUUUUUGUUAGCUAGUAGCAAUCGAUCGUUGCAAUCGUCGAUCGGAAGUGUGAAUCGGAUAAACCUCGUGCUCGAAUAGAUAGGAAAGGAUAACGUAAAUUCUGGCGUUAGUCGACGCGAAGCCAAAGCGACGAGGAAGGAUAAUUAGCGAAACGAGCGUGUAAUUAGAAGAGAAAGAGAGAGAGAGAAAAAAAGAGAGAAAGAGAGAGAGAGAGUUUUAUGAGAAUCUGUGUACAAAUUUCUAUUAGGUGAUAAUAACGUUUGUAAAAAGAAAAAAAAAGAAGUUCUCCGUGAUUUUUAAUAUAUAUAUAUUAUAUAUAUAUAUAAAUAGAUAUUAUAUAUAUACAUAUGCAUAUAUUAUAAAUAUGAUUGCGAUCUUAUCGAUUUUAUCGUGGCACGUGAAGGAUCACGAGAAGCACUUUGCGGGAAGGGCGCGUAAUUGUUACGUUUAUUUCAGUGGAUGGUUGAUAAAAAGAUCGCGUGUUCUCGUCCUGUUCUCGAUGUUCAAGAAUGAUACUCGUGAAUGUUCAACGAAAAAAAAAAAAGUUUCGAAUUUUGUAUAGGCGUAGGCGUGUACAAAAACAAAAAAAAAAAAAAAAAAAAAAGAAAAAAGAAGAAGAAAUAAA